CCAACAACAACAGCGACGCGACGUACCGGCAAUGGCAGACCAGGACCUGCAUCUGCUCGACGACAACCCGAACGCGACGCCGCUCGACCUCCUCCUCAAUGCCAUCACAGGUACAGAUCCGUACCAUUUCGCCGCCGAGGGCGAGGGCGAGGAGCGGGGCGAGCAGCUGCCCAUGUACCUCGACCCAGGGCUAGAGAGUGGCGAGCUCGAGGCAGGAAGCAGUCGGAAACGCGCCCUCGAGUCGCCCAGACUCGAACGCGUCACCAAAGCCCCUCGCCUGACACCACUCACGCAAGGUGUGCUCCAUGAUUUCUCGACAGUCGAGGUGUGGCACCCGAAGACUGGCCAAAAGAGCUACGGCAAGGAGAGGAGGAUAAUCCAGCCCCCGCCAACACUGCGAGUCACGGGACCGCUCCUACCACACCUGACGGCAGUGACGUUGUCGGCGGGCCCGAGCGCCGGAGAUUCCCCGGUCUUCUCGAGCCAGACCCAUCGGGUGGGGCACACGAGCGAGCGCGAGCCGCCUGCGUCGUUCUACGCGGGCGGAGGGAAGAAGGCCGAACGGGACGACAAGCGCCGGAUCAUGCGUCAUGCCGCCGCCAAGACUGGGUGGGGCGGUACGCUGCCGUGGGAGCGGAGCAGGGAGGACAUGAAGGCGCGAGACGAGCUGGCCGAGGGCCUGGCGUUCCCCGGCCUCUGGGUCGGCGAGGACCCGAGCAAGAGUAAGGAGUUCCGGCUCCAGCUCACGAUCGGUGACCCAGGCGCGACGGAGAAUGGAGAGACGGCAGCGGCGGUGGUUGUGGAAUCGGCAGUCCUCGAGCCCGCGACAAUAGCUGAGGCUGCUGCCCUCGACACGGCGGCGCCGCUCGACGCCGACUCGCUGCAUCAAGUGCUGGGCGACGCGGUGAUCGCGACGAUGGGCGAUAUCCCCGAUGCUGUCGACGAGCCGGCUCCGCUCGUCGACCACCUGGGACAAGCGAGUCUCGCGACGCUCGAGGAGACACAGCCGACGCUGGCCACGGCAACAACGGCAGAACAACCUGAUUCCGAGCCUAAAUCGCAGGAAAUCGCCCCGCCAAAACCAUGGGCCACGUUCGUGUCCGACCCGCUCACGCUCGUGUCCAAGCCGUCGCAGAAGACGGCCAAGGCGCGGUCCAUGGCCAGCUGUCUGUCCACGACCGACGCGUUCGCGCUCUGGGUGCGCGUGAAUGCGCAGACUGUGCGCACAAAGUACAUGAAGAUCGAUGGUGGUGAGAGCGAGAGCGAGGUGCCCGAGCUUGCUGCGCGUGCAGGCAAGUGGUCGCCGUUCCGCUUUGAGGUGCUCCGGCGCGCUGCGCCCCCCGAGACGGAGGACAAGAACCCGCGCGCGCGGUUCAAGCUCGACGUCGACCGCGAGGCCGGCGUGGUUACCUACGGCUCUAUCGUCUGCCUCGUCGAUGUGCACUCUGGUGUACGAACGGCUCCGAUACUGCUUGUCCGAGUGGACAAGAACGAGGCGGUCGUAGGCGGCGACCACGGACAUCCCGUUAGUGAGCUUCAGCGCGUCGGGCUGGUCCGCGUGCUCGACAACUACGAGGUCGACCUGGAGGGAGGGAGCAGAUGGUAUCUCUCCGCGCCGGGCGCUCUGGCCGGCGCCGGCGAGGUCAAGGUCACACGGCAGAGAGGAGUAAAGACAGACGGGAGCCAGGCGACCGCCGAGAGUUCGACGUCGCAGCAGCCUGUGCCUGAGACGCUGAGCAGCUUGGAGACGCUGGCGACAGAUGCCGCAAGCCAAGAGCCGUCUGGGGAACCGCGCAAACGAAAGAAGAAGACCAAGCGACACGCCCUCGCCAAGGCUGCCAUCGAUGAGGAGGAACAGGGCAGCACGCAGGCCAGUCUUACUUGGAACCCGUCAAAACGGAGAGAAGGGGAGCAAGCAGCGAGUGCAGGCAAGGGGACGACAACAAACGCAGUCACUAUCGAGACCGUGGACGACUUUAUGUGCUGGGUGCUUGGGGGUGUUGCGUGCUUCUCAUACUCGUUCUUCAACGGCGGGGCCGACGGCAACAGCCUUCCAGCUGGCCCACUCGACCCCGUUCCCCGCCUCCUGGCCGACCCAGUGUACCAGCCCGAGCACAAUGCGCUCGACAUCACCCUGUCCCACUUCUUCGUCCCCGACGCCGCUGGAGGAGUCGCCCAGCCGUUCAGCGUCUACCUCGGCCCAAUAGGCCCACUCCCAUUCACGACUUGGAGAUCUGUCGCGCCGAAAGACAAGUACUACGACCCAGCCACAGUCUACCCCGCCAUCCACUAUGACGGCUCAGAAACAGACUCGCAGCAGCCUGGAGCUCCUGAUGGCCGGCGAGUGUACUCAAACUUUCCAUACAGUGUUCCACACGUCAUCGCCAACGUUGACCUGCCUGACCCCGACGAGGUCGCGCGCGUCAUUCAGGAGUACGCCGCGCCGUACGCUGGCGGCGCGGCGCAGCCGGUCGACGCCAUCGCACCACCUCCCGACCAAGUCGAGGCUGAACCGACCGAGGCACCAGACACGGCUGCGGCUACUGCUGCUGCAGCAGUUGCUGCCGACGACAACUCGUGGCUUGGAGUCAUGGGUCCCGCUGGAGAGCUUACGAUUCAAGAGGCACUUCGCAAUGCGGGCAAGAGCGACCUCGGCUUGGGCGGCAGCGCCGAUGCGACGCAACCAGCUGACGCCCCCGUCGACGCCGCUACGUUUGAGCUCGAGCACCUGCCCAGCGACCUUAUCGCGCCUACGCUCGACUUGGCAGGUGUCAACGGCAAUGACGACGCGACGGCUGCUGAUGCUCCCGCCGGCGGGGCCCAGCUGGCCUCCGCCACAGCGUCUGGCGCGCCUUCAACAGUAGCCUUGAGCCGGCCCGAGCCGGCUAGCAGGGAGGGCGGCAACGCGCAGCACCUUCCAAUCCUGCUUGUGCGGCCCGAUGGAGCAGGACAUGGCAUUGGCUGGAGUGUCGUCGUACAGCGCGCGCUCGAUUCGCAGCAGCAACCAGCCACACCGGGCGCCAGUGCACCCUGGGUCUCGGCUGGUAGCUGGCCGUUCCUCUGGAACAUGCCGUGGCUGAAGGGCGGGCGUGAGUCGGCCCUGCCGUUUACGUGGUCCCAGCGGAGGAACGGUGGAAUAGGUGUGCGGACGGGGCUGCGGACCUAA